UUCAAAGUAAAGGCUGAAAUGAAUAUUAUGACAAGCCUUAAUCAGUAUGGCAUUCAUCCACCGUACGCUUUCCAUGCCUGUAUAUUCCUCGGACGAAUUCGUAUAUAGGAGCGAGAUUAUGGGAGUCAAAAUGAAGGUUGAUGAUCCAAGGAUGUUCGCAGAGCUUGCCCGAUGCGGUCAUUUAAAUAUCACGUGAUUUGAACUCCAAUUUGUUGACGAAACGGGGAGUUCAAGCGAACACUGCUGAACCAAACGGAAGUUAUUUACAUACAUUACAAUUUUAAGAUCGUGUCGGGAGAUUUUAAAAUUAUUCGCCAACCUUCCUUCUUUUUUAUUUCUUUAAACAAUCCUUUUCGGGAGCCAGUGCGGCGCCUGAACAGCCCUUGAACUUCUCCGUAUGGCGACCCAGAGCAUCAGUGCGUUGAUUCAGCGAAGCACAAUCGACGACCAUGAAGAAGUCAUCAAAGCUUGCAAUGCGGUACUGAAAACGUCCAAAAACGAUCUCAAUGCCCUCCAUGUAAAAACUGUUGCCCUGGUCAAAUUGGACCGUUUCGAAGAUGCGAUUCGAGUGAUCGAGGAUGGCGGGGAUGCGCUGAAAAAGAAAGUCCCUCUGGAAUGGUCUUACGCUUUAUAUAAGGUCGGGCAAUUAGAAGAUGCGAUAAAACUGGCCGCGAGUGCCGGGACCGGGAGAGGGGGGAAACAUGUUGAAGCCCAAGCGACAUAUCGUGCGGAAAACUUUCGUCGCACCGCAGAAGUUUAUAAAGAGCUAUCUACAGAGAAUCCAGCGUUUGUCGGGGAGAAAAGUGACCUGCGAAUCAAUUCACGAGCUGCGGACGCACAGCUCCAGUGGUCUGGACUGGCCAGUCAGGUGGACAAUACAAGACCAAGUCGGGAAGAGCUCGAAUCUUUCGAAACGACUUAUAAUGUGGCAUGCGGCGCUAUAGGGAGAGGAGAACUAGAGACAGGAGAAGUACUAUUGAGACGAGCAAAGGAACUUUGUAAAUCGUCCGAGGAUCUUACACCUAAAGAUAAAGUGGCAGAGCUUCUCCCUAUUGCAGUUCAGCAAUUAUAUAUCGCGCUAAAGCAAGGAAAAUCCGACGAAGCUAAAAGUCUGGCAGACGAAAUCAACAUAGCUGAAAUCCCCGAGAUUUCAACCAAAAAAAUCGCGCAAAAUAACAUCCUUCUUGCCUCCCAAGCUCAAUCAAAUCCAUAUAUACUACACAAACAAUUCCAUCAAAUCCCAACGUCAAUAGACGGCGAUAGAUUAUUUUCGUUUCAAAGUCGACCCUUGACCGGGAACUCUUAUGUGGUAGAUCUUCUCGUCCGCAAAUUCGAAGGCAUACAAAGAUCGACGGAAAAGGCUCUCUCCCAACACCCUGCCCCUACCACAUCGCCUGACAUCAACGCCCUCUCCGUUUUCAACAUUGCCUCUCACGCCCGAGACGGAUCAGGUAAAGCUGGUCUCAAAGAAGUACUUCCUCUUCUAGCGAAAAGACCGAAUGACAUUGGUCUUGUCCUCACUCUCAUCCAAUUAUACGUUUCAGCUAGAAACGUUAACUCUGCCAUCUCUGUCCUAGAAGCGUUCUUCAAGCGUCUUGACCAAUCGAUAUCAGAGUCAGAUAAAGACAUCCGAUUCAACCCAGGCCUCAUCGGCAUCCUAGUUUCCCUAUAUAAAAUCCAAGGGCGCAAAAGCCACAUAAAGACAGAACUCUCCAAAGCCGCAUCACACUGGCAAUCGCGUUCUGACAAAUCUCCCGCUCUCCUUCGCGCCGCGGGCUCCUCGCUCCUCACAUCCGGUGAGCCCACAGACCUUGCCCUGGCAGGGAAAAUAUUCACAGAACUCCAUACCGCCCAUCCAAAUGACCAAUUUGCAACCGCAGGCUACGUUUCUUCGUACGCCAUAACGUCACCUGAUAAAGUUAGCUCCGCCGUAGAUAAACUUUCACCCGUCCAAGAUCUAAUUGCCGACAUCGACGUUUCCUCCCUGGAAGCCGCUGGAAUCCCCUCCACCACAACUUCCACCAUAUUACCAACGGCUUCUGCUCCCGCCACGGGAGCAAGUAGUCGUAAGCGCCCGGCAGCUGACGAUGCUAACAAGAAAGAGGCUACGAAGAAACGAGUCCGCAAAUCACGGUUACCCAAGGACUACGAUCCUAACAAAAAGCCAGAUCCAGAGCGCUGGUUACCAUUGCGUGAUCGCUCCAGUUAUCGGCCGAAGGGGAAGAAGGGGAAGCAGAGAGCCGCGGAGCGUACGCAGGGUGGUGUCGUUAAUGAAAAGAGCGAGGAGUCGGCUGCUUCUACGCCUGUUAUCCAGGCGAAGGGUCAGGGUGGAGGGAAUCAGAAGAAGAAAAAGGGGAAGGGGAAGAAGUGAUGACCGUUGCUUUGCUUUUGGAUUUAUGUUAUUAUUUCCUUGUUAUCUCAUUUGUUUUAGAUGGACGAAUGGUGUAUCUAGAUACUUCAUGUCUAUAUAUAUAUCUUCUACGUUUCGCUAGUCGCCGGUUGGCUUGUUGAUGUCGUCCUCUGCCUCCCCUGCCAGUUUUUCCCACUGGCAACCUAGAGCCAGUAGAACGGGGAAACGAAUUGUAAUAUUUCCUAGACAAGGGAAAACCAGGAGUAAUUUUCAAGAAUGCAAUUACUUCUUCCUAUAGCUUCAUAUCUGAACUAUCCCAUAAAGCCCAAAUCUAUAGCUCUCUAUGUAUAGCAUAUCUAUUCACCCUCCAGCCCCCAAUCACCAACAAGCAACUAGUCAAACAAAUGUCAACCCUUCUCACCCCCAGCUACAACCACGGGCGGCAGGGGAAUAAGCAGAAACGCAUGGUUACUAACAUAAUAUGCUUAAUGACAGAAAAAAUGCC